AUGACCUGCGGUAUGGUAGUGUAUGCAGGGCAGUUCUGGCAUGUAUCUGACCUACAUUUAGAUCCGACUUACCACAUUACCCCUGAUCGCACCAAAGUUUGUUCUUCUUCCAAAGGAGCCAAUGCCUCCAACCCAGGCCCUUUUGGAGAUUUUUUGUGUGAUUCUCCAUAUCAACUUAUUUUGUCAGCAUUUGCAUUCAUGAAGGAUUCAGAACAGCAGGCUUCAUUCAUGAUUUGGACAGGAGAUAGCCCUCCUCAUGUUCCUGUAAAAGAACUCUCAACAAAGUUGGUGAUUAGCAUCAUCGGCAAUAUGAGUUCUACAAUUCGUAAUUUCUUUCCAGAUCUUCAGGUUUUCCCGGCCUUGGGCAAUCAUGACUACUGGCCACAGGAUCAGCUUCCUGUAACUACCAGUGAAGUUUACAAUGCUGUAGCAGAUUUCUGGAAACCUUGGCUAACAGAUGAAGCAAUCAAUACCUUCAGAAAAGGUGGCUUCUACACACAGCUGUUUGAAUCCAGUGAUAGCCCUCAACCACUCAGGAUAAUCAGUCUGAACACAAAUUUAUAUUACAGCCCCAACUAUGUAACUGUGAAUAUCACUGACCCAGCCAACCAGUUUGCCUGGCUGGAGGGAAUACUAGAAACCUCUUCACAAAAGAAGGAAAAGGUAUAUAUAAUAGGACAUGUACCAAUAGGAUACUUGCCAUAUGCAAGGAAUACUACAGCUAUCAGGGAGUAUUACAAUGAGAGACUGGUAAAGAUUUUUCGCAAAUACAGUAGUGUGAUUGCGGGGCAGUUUUUUGGACAUACGCAUAGAGAUAGUAUCAUGGUCCUCCUGGAUGAAGAAGAAAAGCCAGUAAAUUCCUUGUUCGUGGCACCUGCUGUAACCCCAGUAAAGAAUGUAUGGCAAAUGGAGUCCAAUAACCCUGGUGUCAGAUUGUAUCAAUAUGAUCUUCUUGAUUAUAGCUUGCUGGAUCUUUGGCAGUUUUAUUUGGACCUCAGAGAUGCCAACAAGAAAAAUGAAUCGAACUGGAAAUUAGAAUACAUCCUCACUAAAGCUUAUGGCAUUGAAGACUUGAAGCCAGAAAGCCUAUAUGAAAUGGCCAAGCAGUUGUCUGUGCCACACAGCACACUGUUUGAACAGUAUUACAGUAACUUCAUUGUGAGUUAUGACAAAACCAUUGUCUGUGAAGAGGGGUGCAAGACCUGCCAAAUAUGUGCAAUUCAAUAUUUGGAUUACUCCUCAUACACAGAUUGUCUCAAUCGGGAAGCAGCGUGGAGAUGAAGUCUUCGUGCAAUUUAUGCUGAUAUUGACUUUAGCCUGUGAUUUAAAGAACCUGCUCAUCCUUUUGCUCGAGCACUCAAUGCUGACAGGGAGCCUGUGAGACUUCUCUGAAUUUCAGGGGAGCAAUAAAUCUCCCUAGAUCUUUCUUCUUGUGAACAUGGUUUCCUUCCACAUCUAAAUAAAAGUCUAUUGGCUAUGUAAUAGUGACCAGAUACUUUGCUGUUGUUUCAAGUGUCCUGUGCCCUCUGUAACAGGCAUCCCAGUAUGCGGGAAUAGACGUUACUCAGUUCUUUGGAAAUCCAAGUCUCUUUUCUCAGGGUGUGUAAAGGUAGGCAAUGCCAUUUCAGGCAUGGGAUUUGUAUGGGGGCAGGUUUCAACC